AUGUUACCAGAGGACAAUGUGAUACACACAUCACUAUAUGAGGUGAAGAAAUUUCUUAAGUCAUUUGAUAUGGGCUACCAGAAGAUUCAUGCAUGUGUUAAUGAUUGCUGCUUAUUCAGAAAGAAGUACAAGAAGCUCGAUAAUUCUCCUAAAUGCAAGGCUUCUAGAUGGAAGACGAACAUGGUUACUGGUGAAGUAAAGAAAGGUGUUCCACAGAAAGUGUUACGCUACUUUCCCAUAGUCCCACGGCUAAAGAUAAUGUUUAGGUCCAAAGAGAUGGCUAAAUACUUAAGGUGGCAUCAAACUAACAAGAGCAAUGAUGGUAAACUCCGCCACCCUGUGGAUUCAGUAACAUGGGAUCAGAUGAAUGCCAAAUAUCCUUCCUUUGUAGCUGAAGAAAGGAAUGUGUGGCUUGGUCUUUCCACAGAUGGAUUUAAUCCAUUCAACAUGAAGAACAACAACUACAGUUGCUGGCCUGUUUUGCUAGUAAACUACAAUUUGCCACCUGACUUAUGCAUGAAGAAGGAGAACAUCAUGCUUACAUUGUUGGUACCUGGACCACAACAGCCUAGUAAUAGCAUUGAUGUAUACUUAGAGCCGCUCAUAGAGGAUCUUAACCAUGUCUGGAACAAUGGAGAGACAACAUAUGAUGCAUUCAGUAAAUCAACUUUUAAUCUGAAAGCAAUGCUGCUUUGGACGAUUAGUGACUUUCCGGCUUAUGAGAAUCUUGCAGGCUGCAAAAGACUGCCACCAAAGCAUAGUUUCAGAUUAAAGAAGUUGUGGUUUGAUGGAAAAACUGAACAUGGGAGAAAAGGAAGGAUAUUGUCUGGGCAAGAAAUUUCUCAAAACCUGAAAAUUUUCAAAAAUGACUUCGGAAAUUGGAAACGAUCUGCGCGCAAGAGGAAAAAGACUGAGUGUACUAGUAUGGAGUCUGAUAAAGAGGAGUUAUCAAGUAAGUCAGAAGAGGAUGAAGAAAAUGAUGUAAAUGUAGAUGAGGGAGAGUUAUCAAGAUGGAAGAAAAUGUCUAUAUUUUUCAAGUUACCGUAUUGGGAGGAUCUUCCUCUGAGGCAUAACUUAGAUGUAAUGCAUGUAGAAAGGAAUGUGGCUGCAAGUAUUCUCUCUACUUUGUUACAUUGUGGGAAAUCAAAGGAUGGUCUAAAUACCCGUAAAGAUUUGGAGUAUCUUGGUAUUAGGAAGGAUUUGCACCCUAGGACUCAAGGGAAAAGAACAUAUCUACCUGCAGCUCCUUGGUCUUUAUCGAAGAAAGAGAAAAAAAUAUUAUGUACUCGUCUUGUUGAUUUCAAAGGACCAUAUGGCUACUGUUCAAACAUAGCGAGAGGCAUAUCUUUAGACGACUGCAAAGUAACAUGUCUAAAAUCACACGACUAUCACGUGUUAAUGCAGCAACUCCUUCCGAUUGCACUUAAAGGUUUGUUGCCAAAAGGUCCUAGGCUAGCAAUUGCACGCUUAUGUGCAUUCUACAACCACUUGUGUCAGCGAGUAAUUGAUAGAGAGAAGAUUUUGGUAAUGGAAGCUGAGAUUGUUGAAACGAUAAGCAUGUUUGAAAGUUUUUUUCCGCCAAGUUUCUUCGAUAUCAUGGUGCACUUGACGGUUCAUCUAGGAAGGGAAGCUCGGUUAGGUGGACCAGUCCAUUUUAGAUGGACGUACCCUUUUGAGAGGUACAUGAAAGUUCUCAAAGACUUUGUGAGAAAUCCUGCGAGACCAGAGGGGUGUAUUGCUGAGUGUUAUCUAGCCGAAGAAUGCAUUCAGUUUUGUAGUGAAUUCUUAAAAAAGUCUACAAACGUACUGGAAAAGUUAGAUAGAAACACUGACUAUGAUAAUAGUUCUAUUCUAGAGGGUCGUCCUAUAUCCGCUGGAACUUCCAUAACUCUUUCAUAA